AUGAGAACCAAUUCUUCCUUUGUCCAAUUAUUUGUCACCCUAGCUCUUCUAUUGGGCCAGGCCAAACCCGACCCGGAUCCGCUUCAGGAUUACUGCGUAGCAGAUACAAAAAUUCCCCAGUCAUUUUACCUCAAUGGUGCACCCUGCAUCAAUCCAAAGCUAGCAAACUCAUCCCAUUUCACCACAUCUGUCCUAUCCAAGGCAGGCAACCCGAAAGCUAACCCUUUCGGGUUCAACGCCACCCUGACGAACACGCUUAACCUACCCGGGGUCAACACAUUGGGCCUGACCAUGGCCCGGGUUGACAUAGCGGCCAAUGGGAUGGUGCCUCCACAUUUGCACCCAAGGGCCUCAGAAGUCGCAAUCUGCCUCAAAGGGCUCCUUCUUGUGGGCUUUGUGGACACCUCCAACCGUGUGUUUACCCAGCAACUGAAGCCUGGUGAGUCAUUUGUGUUCCCAAAGAGCCUCGUUCAUUUUCUGUACAACUACGACUCCGUGAACCCAGCACUGGUCUUGGCCGGGUUCAGUAGCCAGAACCCUGGUGUACAGAUUGUUUCACUUGCCACCUUCACUUCAAAGCCUUCAAUCCCAGUUGCUAUAUUGAAGAAAGCUUUUCAAAUUAGUGACCAGGACGUUGCCAGGAUUCGAAAGAACUUGGGAGGUUGA